GCGAACGUUAAACAACUAACUGUUAGCAGCGCAUGGCGUGACCGCUUACUAUGGCGAUUUCCUAUGUUGGACAUAUUGUAGAUAUAACACAGAGAAGAUGAGGAGUUGUACUGUAAUAUCAUAUAUAUUAUAUUUAUUUUCUGGCUUUGUCCUUUUUAAGGUAGCCAGCGCGGAAUGGGCUUACAACAUAAGUGCGCUUAUUGACCCCAUGAGGUCUGGGGACCUUCAAAAUGAGUUCAUCAAGGAGCUGAAACGUAUACAGAUUGAUGAUCGGGCUGCCGUUACCUUAAAACCGAGAUUCAGAGAACUUGAUAUCACCGACAGCUUCGAAGUCAGCAAUGCAAUAUGUGAACAGCUUGAAAAUGGAGUUCUCGCAUUUGUUGGGAUGUCAAAAGUUUGUGCCUUGUCAACGAUCCAGUCGUACAGCGAUACGUUCAAUUCGCCCUUUAUAACACUGAGCAUGCCCCAAAACUCCACUUCCAAAGACCCGUACCAGUUGUACAUGCGACCCCAUUAUAUUGACGGUAUCGUUGAUGUCAUCGUUCAUUACAACUGGAAAGAAUUCUUCUAUAUAUAUGAUACAGAUGAAGGUUUAGUGCGAUUACAACAGCUCUUCCAGGCUUUUAACGUAAGAGAAUACGAAUUAAUUGACAUCAAUGUGAAGCGAGUACACGAUGCAAACGAGUCCCACGCUUUACUGAGGGACAUAUACAGUGUAGUUAAGGACACAGACCUCCGAAUUCUACUGGACAUCGCGACGGACGAGGCCCGGAAACUCAUUAUGGCUAUCAGAAAUGAUGGAGACAUGAUCAACAACAGAUUCCACUUUUUAUUAGCUGACCUGGAUAUAAAUGACAUGGGUGAGGAGCCGUUGAAAAGUGGGCUAAACGUGACUGGUUUCCAAAUGAAUGCAACAAAGGAUGGCCCAGCCAGGAGUAAAGAUAGAGAUAUUUACUCCGGAAUUAGCAACGAAAAGAUUACCCUUGAAGUGGCACUGGUUCUUGACGCUGUUCGUCUAUUACUCAAAGCACUGAAAAAUUUAAAAACGGAUCGUCAUGACCAGAGACGACCCGGCGUAAACUGCAGAGUUGGAGACGCAACUGUUAGGGAGGCACCUGGUAUAAACUUCAUGAAGGCUUUAAGAAAUACAGCAUUCAACGGCUAUACUGGAACAGUGCAGUUUGAUGAUAGAGGGUUCCGGAAAAAUUUCAAGCUCCCCCUCAUCCAGACAACAUUGAAUAUGGAGAAAGCAAAGGUCGGGGAAUAUACUCGUGAAGGAGGUCUGACGCACCAUGAUCCUAAGGUGGUUCCAAAUUCCAAUCCAAAUCCAUCUUCAAUAAACGAGACCAAAAUCGUCACUACAGUGUUGGAUCCACCCUACGUUAUGAUGAAGAAGGGCUCACCGACAAAAUAUGAAGCUUAUAUGUCACCGGAGGAACGAUGUGGGAAACACAAGUUUGAAGGAUUCUGUAUAGAUCUGGCAGCAAGAAUAGCGGACUAUGUCAAUUUUACAUACGACAUAUGUUUAGUGAAAGACCUCACUUAUGGGACGAAGGUUGAGAAUGGAACGUGGAAUGGAAUGAUAGGAGAACUCACACGAAGGGAAGCAGAUCUUGCUAUUGCACCCAUAACAAUUUCAUCAGCAAGAGAAAGAGUUGUAGAUUUCACGAAGCCAUUUAUGAGUCUUGGAAUCAGCAUUAUGAUCAAGAAGCCAAGCAAUGCCAAAGCGCAUGUGUUCUCGUUUAUGGACCCGUUAUCUUACGAGAUUUGGAUGUGUAUUUUAUUCGCAUAUGUUGGUGUUAGUGUUGUACUGUUUCUGGUGAGCCGCUUUAGUCCAACAGAAUGGCAUGUGGAAGAUGACUCCAGUAUAACAAACGAUUUUACUAUAUCAAACAGUCUCUGGUAUUCAUUAGGGGCGUUUAUGCAGCAAGGAUGUGAUAUAUCACCAAAAGCAAUAUCGGGAAGAGUAGUUGGGAGUGUGUGGUGGUUUUUCACUCUCAUUAUCAUAUCAUCCUACACCGCUAACCUGGCGGCUUUCCUCACGGUGGAGAGGAUGAAUACGCCGAUAGAAUCUGCCGAGGAUCUAGCUAAACAGACUAAUAUACAAUACGGUGUGCUUAAUUCCGGCACAACAAAGGAUUUCUUCAAGUAUUCCAAAGUCGCCAUAUACGAGCGUAUGUGGGCAUACAUGACAUCCGCAACUCCAAGUGUGUUUGUGAAUAACAAUUCAGCGGGCAUAGCCAGAGUGCGUAAAUCCAAUGGGAAAUAUGCCUAUUUAGUAGAAUCAACUAUGAACGAAUACAUCAAUAUGAGGAAGCCAUGCGAUACUAUGAAAGUGGGCACAAACUUGGACUCCAAAGGUUAUGGUAUCGCCACUCCAGUUGGAUCUCCUCUUCGAGAUAAACUGACGUUGGCUGUACUACAUUUACGAGAAUCUGGUGAGCUUCAGCAACUGAAAAAGAGAUGGUGGGAUGACCGGUCCGAGUGUCCAUCACCGGGAACCGCAUCGGAUGGAGGUCAGACUGCACUAACUCUUAAUAAUGUUGCUGGAAUAUUCUACAUUCUCAUAUCAGGCCUGACGCUGGCUAUACUAAUAGCCGGUUGUGAAUUUAUUUACAAAUCUGUCGUAGACUCUAAGAAAUCAAAGACAUCUUUUGGGUCAGUUUUACGAUGCAAGGCUCGUCUUUCGUUCCGAGGUUCUUUUGAUAAAGAUGCUUCGGAUGCUGGUGUUCCCAUCAGGAAAACUAUGUCUACGUAUACAUACACGGGACCAACACAGCUGCCCGGAUUUGAUCCCUAUCCGGAUACAAACAAUACACACACCCAAGUGUGACGUCACGAUAUUGAUAUGCUGAUGUCAUCAGACAAUCUAAAAUGACGUCUAUGAUUUCGUUGAAUAAUAGGAUAUUAGUCUCAUCUCACUUCAAGAUUAAAAAUUAACCACGAACAACAUUAAUGAAAACUGUGGAAUUGAUGAAGCAUUAUUUACAUUCUACGUUGUGGUGAAUCAAUCCUUUAUUUCAAAAGAUGUUUUUAAAGAAGGAAGCGGUUUUUUUUUCGAUGUGAGUAAUAUAUAUUUAACAAUCCGCAACCGGCCACUUUUCUCAGGACUUGAAACCAUAAAGUGGGUGUCUGUUCUGGAAAACGGCGUUUCUUCCAACAAUGCACUUAGAACACUGCGGACUUCUAUAAGUGACGGCAUGGACAUGUUUACAUUUUACAUAGAUCGAUCUGCUGCUGACAAGGGAUGGUGUACAACCUUUGUAUGUUUGAGUGGCAACACAACAAAUCAGUGUAACCCUAUGGAGAGCAUUAAUACUGUUUACUGAUUUCACGGAUGUAAUGACAUAUAAAUCGUGAGAAAUUAUUUAGUUUACCCAUACAUGUUUUCAUUAUAUUAAUGUGUAGUUUGUUCUGCAUUAUAGAACUAUAAACUGCAUGACGCCAUAUGUGGAGGUUGUGAGUUAGUUUCCACAUAUAGACCAGAUUGGUAUGGUUUAUGUCUUUCUUACACUGUCGCCAUUUAUCACACCAUUCAUGAAUUCCAUGCUUAAUUGAUUAUCUUACCACAGGGAAACAUAUAGUUCGCCAUUCAAACUAACAACUUGAAACAAAACUGCCUUUUUUGAAAAAACCCGCGAACAUGUAAAUGAUAUUAUGAAGGUUAACCUUUGCUGUCUUUUUUUUUCUGAAAAGUGAUUAACCAAUAUCCUUUAUGUAAUGUAUCUACAAUUCUGGACUUGUAUGGAGGGUGAUAUGCGAACAUGUCUAAGCGAUAUUAGCCGAGAUGUAAUCGAACACAUUAUAACAUUUCGGUUCCAUACAAAACACCAAAAUAACAUGGGGUGAACGGACGCUUGAUUUUUAUAGAAGAUAUUAUAAGUACAAAUAAGACAAACCAAACAAGUGGUCAUAAUAAAGCUACAGUACCUAUUAAACAGAAAAUAUUGUGACGUCACCCUUUUAGUGCUGCCAAUAUACCUACUUUUCAAAUAAUGAUAAUUUACUAAAUUAGUGAUACGAGCUGUCUUGAAAUACUGAACAAACAUUUGUGUCGACCUCAACAUUUUUUCAUGUCCAUAUUUCAUUCAAUUUGAUGUUAUUUAGUUGAAAUGAAUCACGAAACAUCUCAUGAGGAAACUCUUAUACGAUAUGACAACAAUUAUUGUACAUUGUUUAUUGACUACAAAGGCAUCUAGCACUUGGCAAAUAGCAAGCGUUAUUUGGCGAUAUGAUAACCGCAAAUUGGUCCCUUGAUAACUAAAGUGUAAAUGAUUAUGUAUGUUUGUUACAUGUAUAUCAUCGUAAGAAGUGAAUGGUUACAUAAUGCCAAUACGUUUGUUGUAACCGUUCAUCAAUAUGUUUAAAACUGUACAUAAACGUUAUUCAACCUUGCAUCGUCGAAUUUUGUUAGAAUUCAAACUUUAUCGUUCAAUGCAAUGUCUCAUUUGAAAACGUAGUAAGUUUCUUAUUUACGCAUUUAUCUUAAUUGUGGGCAAAUGUAUGUAUAAAGCAUUUCUUUUCUAAAAAAUGUUUGUUCAAAAUGAGUAAAGGUUUUUAUAUCUCCUUCACAGACAUUGCUUUAUUCGCAACUCAAUAGAUGUAUUGUUAUUUAUGUGUAAAGAUUAGAUAUAGUAUCGUGUUGUAAGUUAAUAAACUUAUUUUUAUGUUUUGCUAUUCCUCUGCAAUUACUUCAGUUGGGCAUUCAAAGUGAUAUUUGCCCAGAAGCCGACAAAUACACAUGCGCAUGAAUAAAUUGCUUAAGGAAGAUAUGGUGUGUAAUAAUUGAAUGAUUGAUAUUGAUCACGAUAUAAAUAACAUCAAAAAUUAAUGUGUUUGCUUUACUAAUUUGACACAUUAUCUUCAGUUUUGAUUUUAAAAGCAUAUUACAUUCAGACUCAUUAUAUAAAUAUAUCAUAAUAUGUAUAUGAAAAUCAUAAUUCAUACCUACGUUAUUUAGUAUAAUUGUGCUCUGACUUAUUUUUUUUCAAGCUAUAUUCACAUUUAUAUUGUACAUUCAAAGUGUUACGUCAUGCAAUGACGUCACUGUCGACGAAAUUUUUAAAUAAACGUUUACAUGUGUCAUAGUGUAUUACCGGCACUAUUGAUUAAUUUUUACUUUUCCUCUUUACUUGUGUGCUGAUACCCAAAAUACCAAUAUCAAAGAAUGAAAAGGUUGGACUUACAAUCAAUAAACGAAAUAAAAAUGUAUUAAUUUUUUAUUUCCCCUUUUCACUAUUUUCAUAUUUAUUGUAAACAUACCAAUGUAAAUUUAUAAAUGAAAAUUAAAAUAAAUAACGAUUUUUCAUACAUCAGACUGAAUUACGUUGAAAUAGUUGCGUAUUUAUUUAACCUGAUAAAAAAACGAAUGACAUUAAAAAAAUACAUUUAUUGUCAUCUUUACAAUCUGUACACUUAUGAAGAAACAGUCUGACGAAACCUUGCGUAUCGCUUGUUUGUCUAUCUGGGUUUAUGUGUGUAGGUUUGUACAAAGUGUGAAUGGAGUAAAUGAGGUUGGCGUAUUAUUUGCCUGUUUGAGAGGUUUCUAUUUAAUUGUUUAGCACGUGCAGUAUGAAAUAAUAUAUGACGUACAAUCUGUUGAUUAAAUAUUAACUAAAGAUAAAUAAACAAGGAUUUACUCAAUGUUAAAUGUAUCACAAUUUAUAUUGCAACUUUUUUCCCAGUUUGUUUUUGCACAGUACAAUAAAGAUUAACAAGUUUUUAACA